CAGCGACCCCUCUAUUUAUCUUUUUUAUGAUAAAUGUUCAUUUACGUUGGAUAAUUCUAUACAAUUAUAUCCUUGGUAUUUUAUGAGACUGCAAACUGAUCAGCAAACUGGUCCGCUGAUAAAUACCUGUACAGCCGGAAAUGGUUGGGCUCGUAAAUUUGAUUCUGAAACAAAUACUACUUAUCUUUACAAAGUUAAUUCAAAUUCACUAGUCGUGGGUUCGCCAACGCCUGUCUAUGUAUAUGAUUAUGUCUCUUAUGAAGAUCCUCAAUCAAUUCAAUAUAAACUUAAAUUAAUUACAAGUAACUCGUAUGGUGGUAUAGCUAUUUCAGAUCUUUAUGCGGAUUCCAGUGAUAAGGAAAUGUUAAAUACUAUAACGUCCGUCUUUCCGGUUUCUUAUAGAAAUGUUACUAGUUCUAAUUACAGUUCGUCUUCAGGACCUUCAAUUAUUACAAUCAUUAUUGUAGUCUUAGUCAUCAUUUGUUGUUGUGGUUGUUGCUAUGGUUUCUUUAGUGGGUCUAGUUCUUCAUCUGGCUCAUCUGGGAAGUGGGUACCGGUAGGCACUGUAUGGGCAAAAGUAUAA